AGUUGGAUAGCAAACGAAAGGCAAGUAGUGCGUUACAUAGAGUGAUCGGGUGGCGAUUUAGAUGUUCAGAAUUUCAAUUUGAAUUCCAAAUUUUCUGCCGAGUUUGUGAAUUAACUCGACCAAAAUGUUACCAUCUCCUCGCUGGGCUCGUCGUCGCGUGUUAGUUGUUGCCGUUUUAUCCUUAGUUGCAUACUAUCUGCUAUCAUCAUCAUACAACAAGUAUCAGAUUGAUACAAUCAUUCAUCGGACCAAACCGGAAGCCGUAUGGGAAUAUAUAGCGGAUUUUAGUAAAAUGAAGAAACUCAAUCCUACUAUACUGGAUUUUAAAAUUAUCGCUGAUCAUGGAAAUGUGGACCACUGGAAAUAUUCGGUGGAAUACACGGAACGGUUGUCACAUUGGCCGUACUCAAGGAAUACUGCCGUUGGUCAUUACUCAGUACGUAAGCUACCCGAGUUGGAAGGUGGUCAGUAUUCAGUAGCUUCCACUCAUAGGACCUGCUUUUUGUUGGGGCUAUUUUGCUUGAACUCUAAAGGCGAUUUUAAAAUUUCGUACCUCAACGAAUUUGACACGUACUGCCAAGAAACGGUGCUAUAUCAAUGUCCAUUUUUGUUCGGACGGUUUUGUCGCAGAGAAGUAGAAUUUCAGCGGACAGCGAUAAUGUCAAAUCUUAACCGACACUUUACACAUAAAGCAUCCUAGUUAAUUUAGCUAAUAAUUUAAUGAAAUAGUAAUAUUGAUUACGGUGUUCUCUGCCUAUAAUCGGAAGUCAGUCCCAUGGAGACAUGGGACUGACUUGCGAUGAUGGGCAUUUCUAUUAGGGCAAGCAAAAUGACAAUAAUCUCAAUAAAUCGUUCAGAUUAUGCUUUAAGUCUCAAUGGUUAACGGUUCGUUAAACCAGGUUUAAAAAUAACGUGUGGGCGAAGGAAUCGGCCCUUAGCCUACUUUUAAACGUAAGCGGUUGUAGCAGUAACGUGCUGUGAGAAUUUUCCUUCUUUUGAAUAUGAAUUGCUAUUUAAAAAUAUUCAAGUGUAAGGAAAAGAAAUAUUUUGCGAUUAUUGUUUCUAGUGACGAAUCUUGGCUUUGCCUGAAUGAUAAGUGAGCAGCCUUUUUCAAACAUAGGUAUUAAUUUUAGUUAUCGCGAACUUCUUUCAGACUUUGUAUGUUAUUUGUUGUAUCUACACCAACAGACCCCUUGACCGAUAUGUGGUUUCUUACACUUAUUACAUUAAAGGAUAGACAAAAACUUUGUUUAAAUCGUAUUUCACGUCAAGUGAAAUUCAAAUACGGUAGCAACUCUGUUGAAAACCCAUGGAAGUUCGUUAGUGCGAUCACAGUUGAUUUUCUUGAAAGGUACCCAGUCACCGUGGCAAGCAGAAAGUUAGCAAAAGUUGAGCAAAGCGAAAUUGAUUCUGGCAGCGUUUCUGCCAGUAUUUUGCGCGAUUUGUGCGAGAAUUCUGACAAAAAGUUCGCUCAAAUGCAACAACCGUUUCUGACAGAAGCGGUUAAACUAACCGAUGCUGCUCACUUUUAGCCAGAAUCCAGCCAGGAAUGUACGGCCAAGAUUUCUGUACGCUUCCUGCCACAUCUUUGUCAGAUGUUUUGCUCGAUUCGUGCUAAAUUCCACCAGGUAGGAAUUUCCAGGGUCUUUGCACGGUUUAUUUCCGAGUUAUGCCAGGAUUUGGCUCGGUUCGUGUCAAAAUUUGCCAGAAAACGCGAGCAAAACCGAGUUCGCCCUUCACGGUAAAAAAAUCUUUACCCAUUUUAUGUAUUCAAAUUGCCCAUUUUCGGAAGUUAUUCGAGCUGUCAAAAAAUGGGUAUUUUUUGUUUCUAACAAUGAGUACUUUUUAUCCAUUUCACAACUACUCGAUGAGGUAAUGUCAAUGGGUAUAUUGAUCUUGAUAAUCGGUGAAAAAUCCUUAAGCAUUAUUUCAAGCGAGUUAACCUGCAAACUAAGGAUCGUAGUUGUACCACAGACUAACAGACAUAACACUAUGAGGGAAUUUCCUUAAAAAAUAUCGAUCCGGCAAUUUUCCCAGUACGCUAGCUCCACCUUUUAUUCACAGUCCCAAAUACACGUAUGCUGGUGGGUUACCCCUCAGGUUUGGGAACAAUUUUUCGCUAGUGGUCUAUCCCCCAUAUGCUUGUUCAUAUGUCAGUGGCGCCAUAAUUUCAAAAGUGGCCACAGUCCCAACUACAAAUAUAUUUAAAAUGACCGAUAAAGUGGGCGAAGCAUUAUUUUCGAGUGUUAUGUCUGUUAGUCUGUGGUUGUACCGUCGUGACAUAUCAAGCAGUCCAUAAUACGCAGAGCACCCAACUAAUCGAUCGAUUUAAUUGGUUGAAAUAGACCGGUUUCAACAGAUUUCGUCGGUCAUAUUUAAUCGGUUGUCGCGUCGGCAGACGUCCAUGUCAAACGGUCGGUGCAACAAUCGAUCGAUUUAUUGGUGGCAUAGUCGGCUGAUUGUGCCGACGCAAGCCGAUUUAGUCGGUGGGAAAAUCGGGAGGAUUUUCUAUGGGGUAGUUAGUAGCAGGACACAUAGCAAUAUUACCUUUUGGAGCAGGUUUGUAGGUUCUUAUAUCACUCCCACGAACAGAAUUGGAACGACUGACGAUCACUGGCUUAAGGCUAGUUUACAGUUCGGAAAACGUGUCACGGGAUUUUGGUCCCUGUAUAUUUUAAAUGGAGCUCGGGAUUUCAAAUCCCGUGACGGGAAAUGAGUCUACACAAAAAUGAUAGUUUUCCUGAAGUGUAAACCCAACCGCGGGAAGCAUCACGGGAUUUCAAAACUCUCCACACAGAAAUCCGGCCGGGAACAAUUCAACACAAAUUGUUUCCGACAGAAAAAAUAAUAUUUUUAUAAGGUUUGCAAUUCGCUGCAAGUUUGAUACUGUUUGUAUUUUUAGGAAGCAGCAGAGUUUUUGGAGAGAUCUCCCGAACUGUAAACUAGCCUUUAAGCGAAGACUACAUAUUAAGAAGACUGAUAUCUCUUUCCCUCCUCAUACAAACGAGAGGCGACAGAGGUUACAGCGCCUCUAUUGGAGGAAGGUAGGGCGCUUAAUGUAAAAGUGUAUAUGUGUGUGUGCAUCACUAUGGGAAGUACCACCUCUACCCGCAAGUGGCGUAGCUGUUACUGUCUCCAGAUUCUGGACAGAGUUGCCAGUCUUCUAGAUAUGCAGUCUUCGCUUUAAGUGUGGCGGGAGGUUUGAAGAAUUUCAUAUCAGCUACGUUGUGUAGAGAUGGUGGUAGGUAGUAGCUUACAACGGAGUCAAAAGUGUGAGACGCAUCAGCAAAAGCUCGACCAUUACCAGGUAAUUAGGGCUUCCAUUGUAACAACUGCGUUGCGUUCAGUAUGCGUUCUAUAUCAGCACUUUUUCACAAUGGCUAGGUAGGCUGAUAUUGCGGUGUUUUGGGUAUGGUUGUCGCCGAGUUCCCUGGAUAGUCGUCUUGGGGUGAAAGCGGGAAAGAUAAAUCCGAAGUAACAACCGGAAUAUUGCUAUUUUUGGAUAACGCGGCGUUUAGUUGCACUGCACCCGGAUAGAAAUCCACAAUAGCAUUUACCCUACAAAUAAUCAUGAAACAAUAGAUAUUAUGGUUUCACCAUUGUUCAACGCAGAGUUCUCGCAGUAGAUUUACAAUAAAACACUAACAACUAAUUUUACUGUAGAGCGAAAAAUGAUACAGUAAAUUCACAUGUUACUGUUUCCACAGAGAACAGACAUCCAUGAUCGAACAAAAAUAUUUAAAAAACGUGUGUAAACAUUUGAAUUAAUAUACGAAAAACACUAGCGCCGCCACACCAACCUAUCCCAACUAUCCGUCAAAUCGAUUCCGGAACCGGUUCGAAAUCCUGGAUGGAUUCAGCAUGGAAUCUAGCUCAAAGAAAACAACCGAUUCCUGCUCUAUCGGUUGACGCAUUUGAGCUGGAAGUCAUGCUGGAAGUCAAAAUCGGUUCCGGACUAGUUUGACUGGGUAGAGGAAUAACCGCUGUCAAUUCUGUCGCACUCAGCCACAAAAAAACAUGACGACAGUAGCGCACCUGGUUUAGAUAUCCAAACUACCUUCGAAACCGUUAGAGAUUUUACACAAGUUGAAUGCUGAAGAUGGACGUCUGUUCUCUGUGCUGUUUCUGUGAAAAAAAAAUGUAUUGAAAAAAGUCGAUUUUUAAUGUUAAG